AUGGUUGCUGCUACUGCGGCCCCUGCUUUUCUUCUGUCCCUUAACACAACAUUUAACAGGGACUUCUUUUUUUUUUUACUUACUCAUAUCCAAACCAAAAAACAUUCUUCCAUCAUAAAACAAAUCAAAACAGUAGUGUUCGAUACAAGUUUAAGAGACAAAUGCGGGACAGCCCGCCUCCCUCUCUCUCCCGCACACACACAGUGUUGGGGGCACGGCCCUUGGUCGUCUAGUCGAAGGCAAUUAAUCACAACCCUUGAAGCCGCUGCGAUCGGACGCCUUCCCUCAACAAUGCUCUUGUUAAAUCCUGACUGUUAUCCUGGCCUGAACAUGACCGAACGUCACCAGAGGGAUGACUUCAGUCUGUGGCCUGGAGUACAGGCAACCAAUGCAGACAUGUCGAACCAGAAUACUAGUGCAGAUGUUUACAAGUGGAAAAAUAGUAAUCACCACAUGUCUACAGAUUAUAGGGAAGUGCCAUGGCAUUCUGGGUACCCUGACAUACGUCCUGCCUCAGCCACCCAGAAAAUGGACUCACCACCUCACAAACGUGGUGCCACUGCCCCUAGAUCACCUAGCUUACCACAUUGGGACAUACAGACAUAUCAUUCCUACAAGCCUCUGUGGAGGAAAGCAUGUGCUGGUCAAAUAGAUGAUCACUUAGGUGCAUAUGAAGAUAAUCUUAAUCAGGAUAAUAUGAAUCGGGUUCAAGAUUUGCGUCCGAAUACUCAGAGCAACGGAGGCUAUCGGACUGCCCAUGUUGGCUCAACCACUCCAGCCACCAAUGCCCCUUUGGUGGUGCCUCAACCUGUUAAACCAACAAAAGCUGCUAAAACUUACCAGUGCAAGAUGUGUGACCAGGUGUUUACAACCAAGUCGGACAUGCUGAUCCACUGCCAACAAAUCCACAAGCAGGAUCCGAAGCCGUACAAGUGUCCCACAUGUUUGAAGUGCUUUGCCAACUCAUCAUAUUUGUCUCAGCAUGCGCGUAUCCACUCGGGCAUCAAGCCAUACCGCUGUGAGAUCUGUGAGCGUAAGUUCACACAGCUGUCGCACCUGCAGCAACAUAUCCGCACCCAUACUGGGGAGAAACCAUAUAAAUGCUUACACCCGGGAUGUGGCAAGGCAUUCUCACAGCUCUCCAACCUGCAGUCCCACUCACGCUCUCACAUGACCGACAAGCCAUACCGCUGCAACUCCUGCUACAAGUGCUAUGCUGACGAGGCCAGUCUGAGGGAGCAUAUUCCCAAACACUCGGACACAAAACAUUUAAAAACACAUAUAUGUCGUAUAUGUGGAAAAUCCUACACUCAAGAGACUUAUUUAACCAGACACAUGGCCAAACAUUCGCAGGAUAACUCGAAUAAAGUUUCUCCUCGUCCCAUUAUCAAACAAGAACCAGACCAUUCCAGUGACGAGUAUGGAAGAUCAGAUCGCCAGCCAGAUAAUACAACUGGUUCUUGUGGGAAGGUUUCUUCAGCAUUCAUGCCAAUCCCACACCAGUUUGGUAGCCCUGUCCCCAGUAGCACGACGGCUUCCACAUAUCCAUAUGGCUCAAGUUUAGGGGCCAAUAGUCUAAGUUCACCUUUGCCCCACAUUUCGUCAAUGACUUCACCACGAUACUUUCCUUACGAUCCUUUGGGAUUUAGAAAGUCUGACCCUCCAGAAAGGAAUUUGAAUGUGGGUAUGUCAUCAAGAGACAGUAUGCUUGCAAACAGUCUGCUCAGUCUACAACAUAUAAAGAACUAUGCAUCGCAACAGAUGCCAUCAUUCACGCCAACCUGUUCUGGUGGAGGUUCCAGAUUAACAUGA